GAUGGCUUCUCAAGGUGGCUGCCUUCUCUUACGUGAGCAACCUUAACGGAUCCCUGAACACCACCCACCCAUGAGUGGGAGCCUCAACGCGGUCAUCAACUCACGUUCAGCACGCAUCAAACAGCGCCGGAAAAGUGUAGAUGAAGCGAGCAGAUGAUGCUCGGCUUACAUCUGUUCGAUGGAGGGACCAAUAGGAGCGAGCGGGAUCUAUAUAUGUGCUUCACAUCUUGAAGAUAGGCGUGUGCCCGUGACGGAUGGUGGAGGUCGCGCGUAAAUUUGAAAGAUCUGCGAUGUAAGCUGUUGUGACUGCACACUCAUGCGCGCCCGACCGUGACGUCUUGGACGCAGAUCUUCAGCUUUUACUGCCUCAUCAGGUCGCAUGGAAACGGAGCUGACCCGAAGGAUCGUUGUAAGAGCUUCCCGAGAUUCCACGCACCCGUAGGUAGCAGCCAGACAGCAUCCAUUCAAGGUCGAAACAGUCGGGGGCCGGGACCAAGAACGUGCAAGACGCCGAGUGUCUACAGUAAAUAGAACGUUAUCGCGCGAGCGGAACGUUCCGCAGCGUGUAAUUGAUGAAUGCACGACGUGAACGUAUUCGCGAGAGUGCCAAGGAUGGUCACGGUAUGCGGUCAAGCGCCUUAUCAAGUCACCGCGCCAUGGUCUUGAGGCACCAGUUCACCGAUGGUCACUGGCCAGACUCUCACGUUCCCGGUCACCGGAUCUGUGUCCUUCCCAAACAAUUGAUCGCAGCUUUCAUAGAUAUCGUCGGUGAGUAAGUACGUAGCAGAACCUGAUAUCGACAAUCCGGGCCGUAGCUAUCUGUCCUCAGGGUUAGGGCUUCAAUUGACGUCAUCUCACUUGAUGCCUGCGUAGAAUUGGGCGCAGCUCUAGCUCCAUACUCGACCAUCAUGACUACGAUUGAAAUGCUGCCCGUCGAACUCCUUAUCGACCAUCUCGUCCCGUUCUUCGAUGUGCAGAGCAUCCUCCGGCUCGCCUGCACGAACAAGUUCUUUGCCAACUUGUGUUCUGACGAGGUUUUCUGGCAACGAAAACUUCAGGAGGAUUUCAAUUUCUCAGGCGCCGACACUGCGCGUGUCAGCGGCUGGCAAUUCAUCUAUCGUGGCCUCUACAAUCCCAAAGUAUUUGUAUGGGGAGAAUAUACCCGUGGACGUCUGGGUCUAGGAGAUAAAAUCCCCAAACACAAUCGCUCAGCCGGUGGCGUCCCAUUCCCAACCGAACUCAAAAUUCCUGGUGUUCGGAUUGUGAGUUUGGUGGCCGGUGGAAUGUCUUUCCAUGCAUUGGACUCCGAAGGACACAUUUUUGUUUGGGGCACCCUGGAUGGCACUACGAUGACUUUGAACAGCGAUGGUUAUUCUCAGGCAGGCAAGACUGCCCCGAAACCUUUGCGAUUGGAGUUACCCAGCUACAUAACACAAAUCAGCUGCGGUCGGUUGCAUGCUUCUGCGCUGAGCUCGACGGGACAAGUCUGGACGUUUGUCAACUGGGGACGUCCGUUUGUUCUGGCCUCGCAACACAUCACGAACGACUCGCGGCCAGUCCAAGUGGAAUGUGGGUGGGGCUUCUCGUCUCUCUUGACGAGAUCGAAUGAGGUCUUCGUGUGGUGGCCUCGUUCCGGAAGUAUGGAGCAAGAGACCGAUGCUAAAUUUGCGGAGAUGGAUGACCAACGUCAAUUCGCCGCGCGAGCAUUGCCAGACGGUGUCAUUCCGUGCGUGACCUGGGAGCUGAAGGUGGAUCCGUACAGGCUUCCGCCAAUCCCGUCGCUGCCCAGAAUGACCGAAACUGGGGAGGAAGUCGACGGAGAACCCAAGAUAAUCAAGAUUGCGGGCAUGGAUGCGAAUCUAAUCGCGCUGACUAAUCAUGGGCAUGUUCUCAUGUUUUCUGGCUUGUCUGAUGAAGAUACGGUGGCCAGCGGUCGAUGGUCAUAUCUUCCCAACUUCAGCGAGCUCGAUCGCGUGCAGUCUGUGCCUCCAUUUAGUACAGAUGUGGCACCGCCACGGACUAUGAAGAUCACACAUAUAUCAGCCAAUUUCGAGAGAUUCUUCGCAUACUCGACCGGUCCGAGUUCCGUUGUACUCAUGGGGAAUACCGAUGCCACGGGAGAAUCCAUCCCUUACAUUGAAGCUGCGCUUGUCGAUAAAUCUGUCAUUUCUGUGCUCGUUGGCGAUUGGCACUUUGCAGCUCUGACAUCGUCGGGCAAACUCUUCACUUGGGGGGCAUAUUCCAACGGAGCUCUGGGUCUCGGCGAUCCCACCCAAUUGCCAGCCGGUUCUCCCGGUGGAUUUGCGACGGAAGCCCAGCGUUUGAACGCGAUUGAGCGUGAAGCCGGCAGCCCUCCCGAUACAACUGUCCCCACGCCUGUCCGAUUCGAUCAUGCACGCAAGUCACCCAAGGAACGUUUCUGUUUUUUGGCAUGUGCCGCCGGCUGGCACACAGGUGCUUUAGCAAUCGACCUUGAGGCCGAUGACGACGAUGAGCUGGAGCAAGAGGAAAUUCAGCCGGAGCGUCGUCAGAUAUUCCACAGACGAGGUCGAGGACUUCCCCUUCACGGGCCAGACUUUCCUAAUCUUCCAUUCGGUGGUGGGAUCUUCCGCGUCGGUUUCGCCGGCAGAGGCGCUUCCCGAGGCGGUCGGGCAAUGUAAUGAAUUGGAAUCAAUUGCAAGAUGCUCGUGAAUGAACGUUAUUCCCAAUGUAUUCGAGUACACAUCUGUACAAAUGUCUGUUUCAGAGCCCCAUGUUCCGUCGACAUCCAAGAUGAUCCGGCAAUGAAUCUAGCAGUCCACAUGGACUCAAGACUCCCGCACUUCAAAUACGCCAUCAGGAUUCUGCAGCGACAGGAUCGCGUCUUGGCGUUCAGAUCGAUAUCGUGUGAGGAUGCCGGAUGACCUCGCUUCCGCGUGUGUGUGACCCCGAGAUCCUGGUCAACUGUAGCCGUCUGGUGGGCAUCAGACGCCGUCGGGGACCGGCAUCCAGUUCGGGUCUUUGGCGGAUGUCGUGCGUACCAACGUGCAACGAUGCCGAAGAAAACGGGCUGGCGCGGCACCGGUGCGAGACGUACGUACCUUCUGAAAGUAUAUCAUUCCAGAUACCCGUUUGCACACGAUGUCGUUCUCGGGAGACUAGCGCAUACGGUUAAUUCUUGCGGCGCUUGAUGAGCCUAAGAGAAGCCAAUAGCGCCGUGGCUGUGAACGGGUGCUGUCGCGACUUCUUUCCGAACACACAAGGUGCCCACUGGCAGUCUCCGAUAGGUAUCUUGCAGAGCUUCUGGCGUUCGCUCGAUGUCGCGUCGGGAGCGGAUACAGACAGGCGCAUUGAUGGUUCCGGGUGGCGCUACACCAGUCUGAUUCCAAAGCAUGUCUGACGAGCAAAUGCAAGUCACAUACCCUGCCGACUCUGUGCACGUGCAAAGCUUCGACUGUCACAUUUCGUUGGGAAUGACUGAGAAAGCUGAGAAAUUGGUUCAGUUGUUCGGAGACCAAGACAUCUCAUUGCCCCUGUGAAUGAUAACGCCACGAUGAUCAUUCUCGAAUUUCGAUGGCACAACAGAAGACCGAUUGUUGAAGAAAAGGUCCUGUGAGGGUAGAGAGCUCCCCGGAACCAUUCUCAGACGUCUCUCAAAAGCACAAUGUAAUGUGA